AUGGUGCCAGAACUGCUAAAUGGUAGUAGCACCAAGGUUUCUAAAAAGGUUGAUGUAUUCUCAUAUGGAAUUUCAAUGUGGGAAAUCUUGACCGGAGAGGAGCCAUAUGCUGAUAUGCAUUGUGGUGCCAUCAUUGGAGGGAUCGUGAAGAACACGCUUCGACCUCCUAUUCCAGAAUGUUGCCAUCCUGAUUGGAGGAAGCUAAUAGAACAGUAUUGGUCUCAUGAUCAUGAAUCAAUGCCAUCAUUUACCGAGAUAACAAAGAGGCUGCAAUCCAUGUCCAUGUUGCUUAAGCCAAAGGGAGCUACUAAUCAAGCGAAACCAACAGACUUGAAGUGUUGGUCAAUAAGAAUGCAAGAGGUGUCUAAAGCUAUAGUAAAGGGCAUCCGGCCGGUGGUUACAGUCGGAUUAUUGUCGAAAGUGACAGCUCACAUGCAGCAAUCACUGGAGUACAAAUUUUUCACGCGGAGCAACUUUCGUAGAAAAAGUGCUGCAAAGAUUGAGUUCAACCAUUGA